UUCAUUCUGUUAUCUUCCAAGGUUCACUUUGACUUCCAGUAGUCACUAAUAAACCUAGAAAACGAUAGAAUGGUCACAUACUUGACUUAUGGGUUGCUGUUUGCAUACUUUACCUUGCCUGGAAUCUUACUUGGGGAUUUGGCUUUUCGAUGCCCAAGCUGUACCGCGGAGCAUCAAGAUGCGUGUCCCAGAGUCCCAGCAGUAUGUACAGAAAUAGUGAGGGAGCCGGGCUGCGGCUGCUGUCCAGUGUGUGCCAGGCAGGAGGGGGAGCUUUGUGGCGUCUACACACCAAGGUGCUCCAGUGGCCAAAGGUGCUACCCGAGCACGGAGGCUGAAUUACCUUUGCAACAGCUCAUCCAGGGUUUAGGACGAUGUGGACAAAAAGUGAACUCGGAUGUCACUACGAGUCUGGAACACCAUGCUACAAAUGAAGUGCGCGGGACUGAGAGUCCCCUCGCCAAAAGACCUGCCCUUGAUGCUUGGUUUUGGCAGGAGUCCGCCAUGAAACAACACCAGAAUGAGCGCAAAACCAAGAUGAAGACAAAUCAGCUAGAAGACCCUCAAGCCCAGAUUAGGCCUCAGAGCGCCUGUCAGCAAGAGCUGAACAAGGUCUUAGAGGAGAUCUCCAAAAUGACCUCUGAGGAUAACAGAGGCCCGCUGGAGAACCUGUAUGGGCUCAAAUUUCCAAACUGUGACAAACAUGGACUGUAUAACCCCAAACAGUGCAACAUGUCCACCCACGGCCAGCGGGGUGAGUGCUGGUGCGUUGACCCCUUAACCGGGGUCCAGAUUCCAGCGACGCCUAAAGUAAGAGGGGAUCCCAACUGUAACCAGUUUCAGGAGAAGCUCAGAGCGAUGCCCACCGAAGCUACGCCUCACUAGCACUGACCAGAACAUCUGACGACGGGGUGGGGUUUUCUUCAAGAUUCAAAAUCUGGAAGGAUUUUUCCAUCAGUAGGCUUAUUCUAACAACAUGUAAAGACAUCCCUAUAUUUGAAGGCUUUGACUCUUAUAAUUGACACUCUGUUUAAAGUGUCUGUCCACAAAUCCCACAAAAAAACUUCUCUAGCUUGUUUUUUUUAGUUAGUAAUGUCUUGAAACAGCUGGCCACUGUAGUUUUAGCAAAUGUAGUAAAUAGCUCUUUUUUUUUUUUGUAGAUACUGAUUAUUACACACACUGCAAAAGAUUAAUUAUCUCAAUUUAAGACAAAAUAUACUUGCUUUUUGUCUGACAAGAUAUUUCUUCUUACCAGGCGGCUUUGAUGUUAGAGAAUUGCACUUGUUUAGCAAGUAGCAAGUGAAAUAUUCUUGUUCUGUUGGCAGAUAAUGCCUAUUUUAAGUAAUAUUUUUUAAUGCUUUUUUUUUGAGAGCUCAGUUUUUGCAGUGCAUUUGAGGUGCUAGGAAGUAUUUAUGGACAGUUUAUGUCGGAUUGACUCAAACUACAGAGCUCUUCCUCAUUGUAACUACGACACAUGCCACACAGUCCAUCAACAGAGGAAGACGUUGUAUCAGGCUUAAGUUACACAGACAAUACCAGCCAGUAGGAUCUACUCAUUUUUGCUUUGUGGGAUUUGUGGACAUAAGAAUAUACUGUAUAUAAAGAAUAUUGCCAGCUCUAUCAUUUAAAGCUGCAUUCAUUGAUUUUUUGGGAGCAGAACAAGCUGACACAAUUACCUCAUGGUGUAUGUGUCCUCAAACAACUGCCCAUUCCAGCAGACAUGCAGCAACAUUAGGAUCCAUUCGGAGUUGUUUUUUUGUCCUCUUGACAAAAGUAAGUCCUAUGUUCAUUUUUGUUUUAACUUCGUUUUGAUCUCCAUCAACUCUUGAGAAAGAUAUCUGGCUUUUUAGCUGUUAAAAAAGCUAGUCGCUUACUUUGUCUGCUGUUUGGUGCGGCUAGCAUACAGUCAGUUUGAUCAGAGCUAUUCGGCUGACAACUGCUGCCUGCUGUGGCUGGAAGCAAGGUUAAUGAGAGCAGUGAGACUGCACCCAAACAGUAAAGUUGUGGCCUACAAUGUCAUUGUUACACGAACCAAUAAAUAAAAAUGUUUCAUACACUCAUUAUUAUCUUCACAUGUGAAUAAGUUGUAAUGUAUUUAAGACAUAAUUCUAUGUAAUUUCAUGAUUUCUUAAAAAGAAAAACUGUGGAAGGAACUAUGUGUUCACAUUUGAAUGCUCACGUUUACACAGUGUUACUGGAUCUCUUCUAGCCUCAGUCUGGGGAAACUCAUGCCAGAUUUGAUGCUCUGCCAAUGAUGGAGCGAGGACGUAUACUUUAGACAUCAGACCGUCUCUAGUUUUCUUGAGCUGAGGUGAAAGACUUACAGGCGCUCCUUGGAAUCCUGGAGAUGUCUACACGCAAUCUAGAAGCCUUUUUAGUGCCAACACGUUUAACCUUGUUUUCAUGAGUAAAUACUUUACAAGCAGGUAAUUCAAAGUUGCAUCACACUCAUACGUUUCACUGAUUAUAUCUUGUAAAAUGUCCCUGUUGAUUCACCGUUGCUCUCCACUGUGUUAGCUAUUUUGCUCUGACAUUCAGCGAGAAGGAGUCUGAAGUUGUUUGUUCUCUGUAUUGCCAUUUUCAUGACGUUUCCCAGUAAACACAUCAUGUCAAUUUAACUCUAAAUGUAAAAUCUGACACCAUCCAAGUGUUUCCACGAAUCCACACCCAGCUGCAAAGAGCUGUUGUUGUUUGUCAGCAGUUUUCCUAUCAGCACUUGUCAACUCCAAAUAAGUGUCACAAAAUAAAAAUUGCACUUACAGUAAUAACGCUGGAAA